AUUAAUCCGUUUUAAUGAGAACAGUGAUUAUAAUAGUUAUUUUGAUAGGAAUAGCUCAAUCUGCUUAACAUUUGAGAUAAAAGAAGAGCCAUAUAUUAAAUGGACAAAAAUUAGCUUUAAUAGAAAAACAAGUGCAAUAUAUUGAUGAUGAUGUUUAAUUGAAUAAAGAACAAGAAAUUUAAUAAGAAGGUUUCUAAGAAAUUAAUGUUCAUGAAUAAAUGUAAGUUUAAAUAGAGGAAGAGGCAGUUAUUUAAAUUGAUGAAGAAUAGACAUUAAGUGCAGAAUAAAUGGAAGAAUUAGAUAGAAAAGAAUAAGAAGAAUAUGAAAGAAUGAAGAGAUAAAGACUUGAAGAAUAACAUUUAAAUGAUGAAGACACCUAUAUGUAAAGUCAAUAGAAUGAAAGGAAAACAAAUAAUCAAUAUGAUCUUGAAAGUGAAAUGCCUGUUGAUGUAGUUGAACACCAACUCACUCCAGUCAUUUAAAAAGAUCCAAUCCCUGAUCAAAAAGGAGUAGUUUCUCCAUUUGCUCCUGCUGACAACAGUUUACCUUAUUCAUCAUAUGAUAGUGAAAGUGGAUUUGAGGUUAAGGAAAGUGAUAUCAGAAUGUAGGGAUCAAUCAAUCCAAAUGAUUUAGAUCAAUAUUUGGAAGAGUAAUAUAGAAAGGAGAUGGAAUAGUUUGCAAAUGUCCCUAUUUGA